CCUCGACGAGCCGGUCGUAAGCGAAAUCGUAAGCGAGACUUUAGUGCGAUUCCGCUCCGUUCCGCCGGGUGUGUGUGCGUGUUUAGUUCGAGUUGACUCGAGCUGAGGCGAAGCAGAAGCAGAAUCGGAAUCAGAAUCCAGCGGAAUCGAGAAUCAGAAUCGAAACCGAAAGUGGUUCUCCGCGUGUGCGAGCUAUAGUGUGUGUGUGUGUGUGUGCAUGUGUUCGUGUUGUGUUUGGGCCCGCUUUUCUGCUUUUCUACCCCCGAAAAAGCAAAGCACAGCAUAAAACUGUGCGCUCGUAAGCGCGUCUAUGUGCCGCCUGAGUGUGUGUUUGUGUGUGUGUGAGUGCUAGUGUAUGAGUGUGGCCAGGGGAAAGGAGGCAAAGAAAAGAAAACCAACCCCCACCAGCGACGGCGGAGAACAGGAAAACAACAACAGAAGGCACACAACCAGCGCACCACCACCAUCAUUACCAUUACCGCCACCACCCACUACAACACUUCGUCAUCGUUUCGCGUUGUGCAGAAAAUAAUUACAAAUAAAAUAUAAAAAAGAUCAAAUAGAAAGUAAUACUAGCUCCCGAUCGAGUUACAGUGCUAAAGCGAUUUGAAAGAUUGUCUUGCUUAAACCAAAAGGGCCCCUCGAGGCCCCGUAAACCGAACUAGUAUCCAAUACCCCGCCGAUCAUCCCGAUCCUGACAUGAUGAACUUCUCCGCGUUCGGCGGCCCCUUCUCCGGCAUCCACCAAUUUGCCGCUAAAUUCGACGCCCAGACGCCCGGCGCCUUUGGCACGCCCCCCGCGGCCGCCGCGAAUGCAGCAGCCGCAGCGGCAGCGGCCGGCACCGAUAACCAUGUGCAGCGCUAUCAGACCAAUGGCAAUCACUUUAAUCAGAAUGUGCCCAACGUUUCGGCUGCCAACAACAUGCAAUAUGGCCAGAAUAUCUCCAUACCGUACUCACAGCCGCAGGGUGAUCUAAACUUUCUCAAUGCAGCCGCUGCGGCCGAUCAUAAGGGUAAAAUCCAUCCAAAAAUCGAACGUGACCGGGAAGAAGUCCUCAACCAGCAGAUCCUGCAGAAUGUUAACCAAUCCUGGCAGACGUUGGCCAAUACGGCCAACACGGUGGACUACUCGUCGCACCUGCUCUCCGCCACACUGCCCAUCUCCAUACAGCACUUCCUCAAGUACUCGGAGACGAUCAAGAAGGAGUCCACCGGCGAUGUCCUGAAGAACGGCACCAAUUUGGCCAGCCUGGCGCUGGGGGGCGUGGCCCUAACGCCCAGCAACAACGGAGCGAAUGGCGGCCACCACAACGGACUGGUGGGCAUGGACCAUGGCGGUCACAUGACCAACAUGACGGACGCCAAUGGAGCGGCGCUGACGAACGGUGCAAGCAACGGGGUGAACGGCAACGCCAACGGCACUGUGACCAAUGGUGGCGCCGGCGCUGUCUCGAGCACCGGAUCCGUGGGCACAACAAACGCCAGCGGCGGCACGGGCACGGCCAGCGGCAAGAAGACCAAAAAGAAGAAACCACCAAAGGAGAAGAAGCCGCGCCCCAAGCCGGGAGAAAUCCGCGAGACAAAGGCGCUGGAUGGCUCGACGCUCUACUGCUGCCCGGAGUGCCAAAUGGCCUAUCCGGACCGCAGCCUCAUCGAGCAGCACGUCAUCUCGCACGCCGUGGAGCGGCGCUUCGUCUGCGACAUCUGCAAUGCGGCGCUGAAGCGCAAGGACCACCUGACCAGGCACAAGCUCUCCCACAUACCGGACAGGCCGCAUGUGUGCAAUAUCUGCAUGAAGUCCUUCAAGCGCAAGGAGCAGCUCACUCUGCACAUUGUCAUCCAUUCCGGCGAGAAGAAGCAUGUUUGCAUUGAGUGUGGAAAAGGUUUCUAUCGCAAGGAUCACUUGCGCAAGCACACGCGAUCGCACAUCGCCCGGCGCGUCAAGUCGGAGGUGUCGGCGCAGAACGUAAACGGAUCCGCCGGCGGAGGUGGCGGCGGUGGAGGCGGCAACAGUGCGCAGAGCAAUGCGCUGCACGGCUCCUGAGGAUCGUACAAGGACUUCUGGUAAACUCCCAGCCGAAUUUCAAGCCAUAAGAGGCGGCCAGUCUGCUGGCGGCGGUGGACAGUAGGUAUCCGUAUACGGAUUCGACUGACUGCGGCCGGGAGCAGGCGAGCUGCCUUUGAAAUUCGCUGGGGGCUUACCGGGGGUCCUGCUGAGCGUCACCCAACUCCAAUUACAAUAACCCUCAAUAAACACGAGUUAUACUUACUGGAUGCAAGUAUUAGUACGAUUUUGUUCACGACACUUUCAGUUCUUUAGCUUUAGUUCUUUCAGUUGAGAUUUUCGCACAAACAGUCGAGCAAAGUAUAGCAAUCGAAAUGUACAAAUCAGCAGAAUGACAGAUUUAAAUUCGAGUUUAGUAUGCGCAUAUGUUAAGGGAAGAUAACGCUGCUUAAACGUCGCUUUCGUUUCUUUUUGGGGAUCUGUGAUCUGUAGUCGCUGCAUAAACUAAAAACAAACGAGACGAUCGUAGGCGGUCGAAAGCUGUUCUAAGAAUAAGUUAAUAUGUCUGCAACCGAUUUAAUUAUAUAUGUGCAAUUUAUAAUCCUUUUGAUUUGCCUUUUUGUUGCCCUCACGGCGCUUUUGUUCACUACAUUUAAUGCUAAACGUGUUUCCCCCCGAGACCACGGGGGGAAAUUCUUAUUGAAUUAUGCACACACUUUUUAAGGAAGUAAGAAGCUCUACAAGCGAAAUUUGUACUUCUAGUCUUGUAUUUUAUUUUACCGAUAGGCAUAGAGGGAAACCCGAAACGAGGUCAUGUAAUCUUAAGCUUUUAAACUUGAAUGUUCAAAGGAAAACCUUCGACGCGAGUCACACCAAACACUAAACAGAGAGCCGCAAUACGAACUUGCAUCUUGGCAUGCCCAACUUCCAGCCAUCGUCAUUGCUUGCAACUGCAAUAACCAACAGUAAACCUAUAUCCCGCUUACCAAUCAAUACCAAUACCGAUACUGCUACUGAUACAAGUACAGAUACAUCUACAGAUACAGAUACAUCUACAGAUACAGAUACAGCUACUGAUACUGAUACCGAUAACUGAUAACCACAAAUAGAGUUAAGAGCCACAUAUACAGAUACAGCAGCAAUAGCCAUAGCCAUAGCAUUGCAGAUAGCACGGGUCAACAAUCCAACAGAAUCGCUAAACUUAAUCGAGCAAUUGCGAAUGCAAGAGCAACAAUAACCGGAAACACAACUGUAUAAAAGGAUAUUUUUAUAUAUAAAUACAAAAGAGAGAGCAUAUGAAAACCGAAUAGGAAUAAAGGCAUAAAACAAUAACAGAAAUAAAGUGCAAACACUUCCAGCAAGUGACAACGUAAUUUACUGUUCAAAUACAAAGCAUUUUGAGAUUAACGAUUAACGAUAAAGUAAACGAUUUAACAGAUCCAAAAGCAUACAUAGCAAUGCGACAUAUUGCAAGCCCUUGUAUAGUUAUACGAAGCUUCAAACUAAAUACGCUAACCUACAGAUACACACAUAUACAUAGAUACGGAUGCAGAAUCAGAUAUUGUAAAGCGAACACUCAGCCACUUGUUUGUUUGUCUCUUUCCUUGUUUGUUUCGAUCACCCAAUUCAAUUCGAUCAAAUGGCCCACUGAGCUCAAACUUCAAUCUCUAUUUGAUUUUGAAUCAAAAUGGAAAUGGAUAUUGUUUCACAUUCCAACUUAAAUCACAUUUUAAUGUCAUAAUCCGGUUAUAACCAAUGGAUCUAGGGCAAAACACUUGCAAAACCAAUGUAAUGUUUUUCAAAUCGUAAUUUCUAAAGAGUUUGAGCCAGAGCGACAUUUGCAUAAAUUUUUCACAUUCAAAACUGUUUUUCCGGCACACUUCUUACGAAAAAUGUACUUAAUCAGAAAGGUAACCUUCUUGGUUGGUGCCAAAGACUUGUGUAUUUAAUCGAUCCGGUGCCAGCCAGUUUGGAUCUACAGUAGUGUACAGUGCGGAACGUAAAUGAAACACUUGCAGUGAAGUACAAAUAUUUUAACUACACACCUAAAUACAUACAAGAGAAGAAGCACCCACGACACAGCAGCAAAUUGCAUAUAGACAACCGAGUAAACCGAGGAGGUGUAUUAGCCAAAAAUUAAUGGAAAAACAAACGAAACUAAGCAAAUCUCAAUACAGUUACUACGCUAGAGGGUAGCAUAUUAUUAAUGCGUUUUGUUGGCCCGAAAUUCAGAGGCAAUUUGUAAACAAUAACGUGACAACAUAUAAAUAAUUAAGCAACCUUCACAGCAAACAAGGAGUUAUUAUUUUGCCAUUGAUUUUCUCGGUCUCACUCACUCUCUCUCUCUCUAUCUUGACACACUAAAUCGAAUAAGAAAAUAUAAAACAAUAAGUUUAUAAAGAAAAAGUUGCAAUAAAUGACAAACAAAUGAAAUUAAAUCACUCAGGGAUAAAGCCUCCAAAAGAAA